AUGGCUACUUUGUGUGAGAUGACAUCAGUGCCCGUAAAAAGUGAAACUUACGAACAAGUCGACCAUCUCGGAAUAUUUAUUAGCGAUAACGAAAGAGAAGUGAUCACACUGGUGAACUACACAUUUCUAUGCAGAUUUAUUAGUCUGUUUGGAAUUAUAUCAAACUUGAUAAACCUGGUCAUAUUUUACAGACAAGGUCUGAAUUCAACUAUUAACAUCAGCUUUUUUGCACUUGCACUGUCGGAUUUGUGCUGUUCGUUUUUCCAGCAACUUUUUAAUUUCUACGUCAGUCCACUUUUCGACGAUCUGCCUGUACAGUUCGCUGAUGUGCAACAUCUUACAAUCGGGGUGCAACGUGGAAUCUUUUCUAAAAUCACCUGUCUCAUAACUGUGUAUAUUACAGCGGAAAGAUGUCUGUGCGUGGCUUUUCCUUUACACAUCAAACAAAUUAUUACCACAAGAAGAACAACGGCAAUAAUUGUUUUGAUAUACCUUUUAACAGUGUGUUCAUUCGUACCUCUUUACACCUCUAGUUAUCUUGGAUGGAAGUUCUAUCCCGAAUGGAAUCAAACUCGAAUAGGAUUAAUAGCAUAUACUGAAAACCAAGCAGCUAGUGCUAUAGUUUAUAGUAUGCUCGCUAUAUCCGGCUUGCUUUCUUUCAUCGCUGUGAUUAUUUUGGCGGCGAUCUUGAUUGCAAAAUUAAGAGAGAAAAGUGCAUGGGUCAAAACAGCAAAUGCUCAGAAGGAGAAAGCUGGAUCGUUAUCUAAGAGAGACAGGGCAACAAUGCGAAUGGUUGUUUUAAUUGUCAGUAUUUUAAUCAUUUGCUAUGCUCCGUCUACAAUGUUAGGUGUCGUUACAGUCUUGGAACCUGAAUUUAGUCCAGGAGGAAAAUAUUACAACUGGUAUUACGUGUUAUGGUCUUUUGCUAUGUUGUUUGAGACGACCAAUUCAAGUGUAAAUAUUUUCUUGUAUCUUAAGAUGAGUUCCAAGUACAAUCAAACAUUUCGUGAAAUAUUCCCUUGCUUUGAGAAAAAAGUUAUGAAACCUACGAACUCAGUAAGUGAGAAAUAA